AUGGCAACAUUCUCCGUUCAGCUGCUGCCGGAGUAUACACCAUCGAAGCCUGCACCUGACUACUCUUCCAAACUACUUCCUGGAGAGAAGUGCAUACAAAGAUCGCCUCGCUUGAUCCAACGUGGGGACAAUGCAUCAUUCACUUACCGGCAAAGAGGGAUGACCCUCAAAUUGAUGGACUGUCGUGAAGAGGAUCGCCAUCCAUCAUAUGGUCUGGGGAGUACUAUCCGAGGAGAAGUUGCACUUGAUAAUCGCCGGAGAGUUGUAGCUGUUGCAGCAAAGCUUGAAGGUCGUAUUUACCUUUCAGGGCAACCAUCCAAGGGGGUUACUAUCAUUUCAAAGGAGCGGACCCUGUGGGAGAGCUCUACUCUGAAUGGACAAACUUGUCCCAGCAUCAUGCCAUUAUCGAUGUCUUUUCCAACCUCCUAUCGAGAGCGUGGCCAGGAUCGUCCUUUCCGUUUGCCGCCAUCCUUUGAGUUACCGAAACCGCAACGCGUGGCCAUAGUGUACACACUGCAGAUCAUUGUCACAAAGUCGAGAAAUGUUCCAAUGAUUGGAAAGAAGCUUUCGAGGCGAGCAUACAUGAACAUACACAUCAGGUACCGCCCCCGAGUACGGCCAUCAAGGCCAGUCCCAGAUUCCUUCAGCGAGGUGAAACAAUCUCCUGAGGAUUGGAUGGAGGAUGUUUGGAUUACAAAGCCGACCGUUGGUACAGGAAACGAUGCAUUCUUAGCACGUUGUCAUAAACUGAUGCUAGUUUGUUCCAAGUUAUUCUUUCCGUCUGUCCGUGUGUUCACCGCUUCGGAAAAGAUACCUUUCCAUUUGCGACUAGAGACUUCACCGGUCUUCUUGCAUAGUCUUGCGAAGCUCUUCCUUCCUCACGAAAAUCCCUCGGAAAUAAAAGAAGUCUUAAACGUGUUUAUACUACGGCAGACUACCGUCAACAUUCAAGGCACGUCAUUCAGUCACGACCAAGUUCUUGGUCGCGGACAGAUGACGCUGCAAUCAUCACCCACCUCCAAAGUCCUAAUUUCAGAAUCAGAAGAACCUGUGACAUGGAGUUGGAAUGGCAACCUUCAGUGUGACGUUCCCGUGUUGAACACUGGUUUCAAUACCGGCCAGAUUAGCACUUCGGACUACAUUGUGCUGUCCUUACUACUGCCUCCUGGUCAAUUGCGACCUGACCUUUCACUUCAACGCGUUAUCCCUAUACGACUCGCUACAGAACCAUGGGUCGAUCGCUCAUAA